AUAUCAAUAGUCCUCGGGAGUGAGUGCUUGGAUACCAUGUUUGUGACAUUUUUCAAUUCCUCGGUGUUUCUUUUGUUUCUGGGAGUUUGAGAGAUGCAUUGACGGCGAUUCUAGUCAAUUUUCCCGGUCUCGAGACGACUGGAAGUAAUAAAUGAUUGUGCGGAUGGUAGAAUUAGGGGGGGAGGAAAUUGAUGAUUGCAAAAACUCACGUAGAAUUUUUCUCUGCAAGAGAGACAGACCAGAAACAGCUGUUUAUCGUCGUGUAUACCAUGUUCUUCUUAUUCUAUUUCCUAGCGAUUAUCGCUGGCUCCACACGCACGCGUUAGUGUCAUGCGGUCAUAAACGUUCAGUUGAAGGCACGUCAUGGCGGCAAACAAGAGUGUUACCGUUUUCGCACCCAACGGUCGACGUCAAAAUGUCAAGAUCACCCCAAACACGACGAUAUUGCAGGUCCUCGAGGAAGUGUGCCAGAAACAGGGCUUCAGCUCCAAAAAAUGGGACCUCAAGCACUUCAGUCAGACUCUCGAGGCCAGCUCGAUCUUUCGGUUUACUGGACUGCCGAAUAAUGCGCAGUUGGAGAUGGUGCAGAGGUCCAAGGAGAGGGAAUCGUCCAGUGUCACCAUUGGGGUCCAACUGGAGAAUGGGCAGAGGGUCAUGGGGGAGUUUUCCUCGGAGACGACGUUGAUUCAGAUUGUCAGGAGUCUGUGUCCUGGGGAGGAGGCUGGGAACAUGGUCAUCACUUAUAUGCAUCAGGAGAUUCAUGGAGCUGAAAAUUUGAGCACAACAUCUCUCCAGUCUCUCGGUCUGAGCGACGGACGUGCCAUGUUGAGACUCCUCCACCGUGAUCUAGAUAAAUUAACAACACAAGCGCAUGUUGCUGGUCAGCUGGCAUCAAAGCCCAAUAAAACAAACGAUAAACCACAGAGGAAGGGCAACAACAGUAAUACAGCUCUGCAGCAGGCGAGCAAUGCUGCUAGCAAUGUUGUCUCCAACGUCAAGAAUCAAGUGAAGAAGGCGUUUGAUCCCAUCGCGAUGUUGAGGAAUGAGAAAUCUGCGCAGAAUAAGAAUUCUCGGGGAUCUGGGAAGCGAUUCGUGGGUGGUGGCAACGUUCUUGGGCAUGGGAAUAGGGCGCAGGUGGAGCCAGAGCCUGAGCCACCGACUGAAAAUGAAGAGGGGAGUCAGGAGAUAUCACCAGUGGCGGAUGAAGGACUCGAAAUCGCAGAGGAAAUCACUGAAUCCAUCGAAUAUCUGGGAGACAGAAAUGCAUUAAUUUUCAAUCAAGCAGAAGCUCAGGCAAUUCCUCGUGAGAAUCUCCCAGACAAUUUCUACGAUCUCACAGUGGACGAUGCGAAAGCCCUCCUGCGUGAUGCCAAACGUCAGAGGGAGGCUUUCGAGGAGAAUCCACUCCUCACAAAUGCCCAACGUGAACUCGAACGCACGCAGUCGACACUUAAUAAACUCCACAAGUACAGAAAAACGAUAAUUAGGAUACAGUUCCCUGGACAAAUGGUUCUCCAGGGCAUCUUCGGGCCUGUUGAGACUGUUCAGCAUAUUAAGGAUUUCAUCAAAGAAUAUUUGGAAAAUUCGGAGAAGGAUUUUGAUCUUUACGUAACACCUCCAAGAAAGAACCUAUCCCCAUCGAAUCGUCUGAUCGACGAGGGUCUGGUGCCGUCAGCCAUAAUUUACUACUCAGGAGUAUCUGACCUCAAGCCAGAGCUGAGGAGCAAAUUGGUGGAUCCAAAAAUCGCCAGUGUUCAAGCCAUAAAAUCCAGGAUAACGACGACUCGAAGUGAGAGUCAAACACUCCAAGACUCAAACGCUAACAUUGGUCACAGUAAUUCAGGCGAAGACGUGAGUGAUCCAAGCCCUGGAAGCAGUGGCAGUGUUGCUAAUGCAAAUCGUGUAACGAGUUAUGCACCAAAGUGGUUCAAACGUGCAUUCAAAUAACCAAUCAGUGUCAUAGUGAUAUUUUCUAUUCCCUUUUUAAGUCAAAUGCGAGUUUAACACUUCCUGAAUCAUUGUCACUUGAGUUUUUAUGAGGUAAGCUUAAGCGAACCAUUUAUUAUUUCGUAAUAAAAUUCACUGUGUGGGAUGUAAUGUUGAGAAAUGAAUUUUACAGCUGAGUUAUGUUGAUGAAUGCAAAUAUACAGAUUAUAAAAAUCAUAA